GGCAAAGGGCGUUUAUAGAAGCAAUUAAAUAUCAACCCAUUUCAUUUCAAUUCAAUCUGGCCCCUCUCUCUCUCUCAGAUCUCUCUCUCUAGCGGCUGAUCUUACUGAGUGAGAGAGUCACUUACAGUCAUCCAUGGCUCCACUCCGACAUUUCAGUUGCAGCAGCAGCAAGAAUAAUAAGGUAUUCAUCACACUUAAUCUCCUUCUCUUCUCUCUUCUUCUUUCUUCUGCUGCCCAAUCCAUUGAUCCACCCAGAAAACAGCUCUUCUUAGAUCAACCAAAAUCAUCAACCCACAACAAAAACCAAACCAAACUCAUUAAAUCUUCAUCAUCCAAAAACCAAACCAAUCUUCACAAACCCACUUCCGAAUUCCUCUCCUCCUCCUCCUCCUCCAAGACUAAUAAUAAAACAAACCUUCUUAAAUCCCCCCUCCUCCUCAUCAAAGAUAAACUUUCAUCUCAACUGAUCAAGAAACACCUUAAUUCCACCUCUUCUUCUAAACCAUCUAAUUCAACCAAAUCAACUUCCGGAACAAAAUCCUCCAUCGAUCUGUCCAAGUUACCCUCCUCACCCAAAAACAAAACAACCAAACCCAUUUCCACAAAACUACCAAAAUCCCCAGUCCAACUAAACCAAAAUAAAUCCAAAACCCCAGAUAAGCAGCAGCAGCAGCUUAAGAGCACCACCACCACCGACAAGAAACCCAUUUCGAUUAAAUCGCAGAAAAAAGUACAACCCAGUUGGAUUGAUGAAGACGAUGACGAAGACAUUGUUUCGGGUCUUACAGAUCUACCUUCGAAAUUUCAAGAAACUAUAUACCCUGAUUUUAAACAAAUGACUUCGACAUCAAAGGAUUAUCUAAAGAAAGCAAAUAAAGAGAUCACAAAAGGAAUGAACCCAAUAGUUGGGAAGAAAUACGCAGCAUCAAUGGCUUCCGCAAUCUCCUUCGUCUUCAUCAUAAUUCCUCUGGUUUUAGUCUUUCUUCUCUGCAAUCGAAUCAAAUCAUACUUCUCCCUCCAGAAACUUCUAAUCUUCAUCCAAGCUUACCUCGCCAUCUACUUCUCAAUCCUCUGCAUCUCCUCCCUCGUUACCGGCCUGGAGCCGCUCAGGUUUUUCUACUCUACUUCGCAGUCCACCUACAUUUGCCUGCAGGUGCUACAGACGCUUGCUUACGUGUUAUACCUAUUGCUUCUAUUGAUGUAUCUAGUGCUCGUUUUCUCCACCGACACUGGAUCGGGUUCUAAGUUAUUGGGCCUGGCCCAGACGAUAGUGGGCUACGCUGUUGGGCUUCAUUAUUACAUGACGGUGUUUCAUCACGUGGUGCUUAGGCAGCCUCCAAAGACUAAUUGGAAGGUACAUGGGAUCUAUGCCACGUGUUAUCUUGUCAUUUGUCUGUUGGCUACGGCUGAUAGGACCAAGAAGUCUUAUUUGGAAGCCAGCGGUGAAGAGAAUAAAAAGAAUUAAUUAUUAAUAUUUAUUAUUAUUAUUAUUAUUGGUUAAGCGGAUGGAUCUUUACUAUUUUUAUUUUAGUUUUAAAAAGGAAUUGUAAUUUUUCUACCUUUGUUCCCCCCUUAUAUGCAAUUGUUUAUUAAUAUCAAUAUUUAUCCCAAUAAUUAUCAUGUUAAAUUAUUCU